GUUUGUGUAGUGUGAAAAAUGGCAAACGUCGGGGACGAGCGAUUGUCGGGUGAAGAGGGUUCGACGAUGGAGGAGCUGAGGAGUAAGCUCGCGCGAAUGAACCUCCCUAUAUCGGGUGCGAGGUCAGUGCUGAUUGCAAGGCUGAAUCGGGCGUGUAGGGCUGGACAAUCGUGUCCUAAGGGAUCGACGGGCGGUGAAGAGCUAACCGGUCAACGAGAUCUAGGAAACGUACAGAGAGCUGAGCGUGAUUGUAACGAAGAUGAAGAUGUUGAGAAAAUGAAUACGAAGGAGUUGAAGGAGCGCCUCGCUAGUUUGGGUUUAAAAACGACGGGAAGAAAAGUAGAAUUACGCGCACGGCUACAAGCGGCCAUGGAUGGUAACGACAUAUCGUCGGAAGAAGAAAGCGACGACGAAAGUGAGGAUGAAGAUGACAAGAAAAACGCAAGAGGAUACAAGAGAGAUACGCGAAGGGUGUAUCAGGACCGUGACGAAUGUUGUCGAAGGGCAUGCGUUGGUUCGACACUGAGUUUUAGAGACGUCGAAGAUGCAUUAGAGUCGUUUAGUGGCGACAAAGGUGAAAAUGUCGAACGAUGGUUCGAGUCGUUCGAGGAAGUCGCUGAUACGUGCAUGUGGUCGGAUGGGCAGAAGGCAGUCUACGCCAGGAAGCUGCUGAAGGGAUCAGCGAAAAUAUUCGCGAGCUUCGAGUGUCAUGCCAGGACUUGGCAUGAGUUGAAGAGGGGGCUAGUGAAAGAAUUUUCGAGGAAAGUCAACAGUAGGCAAGUACAUCAGAAACUUGAAGAAACAAAAAAGGAGAGUGAUGAAGCAUGUUUGGCCUACAUGUACCGCAUGCUCGAAAUAGCCAGCCAUGUGGACAUGGAGGAGGAAGCAAAGGUGGAAUACAUAGUGGACGGAAUAAUAGACGACGAGAACAAUAAGGCUAUAUUGUACGGCGCUACGUCAAUCAAAGAGUUGAGGAAGAGGUUAGUGAUGUACGAAGAACAGAAGAGUCGCAGAGCAAAGUCGAUUGUGAAGCCGGCUAAAGCCCAGAAGAACGGGAAGCCCAGUCAAUCUGUAGAUGCAAUGAAGAAAAGAAGAUGCUUCAUUUGCGAUAGUGAGGAUCAUCUAAGUGUUAAGUGUCCGGAGAGGGGAGAAGGUGUUAGGUGUUUCGAGUGCAGCGGAUUUGGACAUAUUGCAGCGAGGUGUACGGCACGACCGAAAGAGACUUGCGUAGUGUCAAGAUCCGAAAAAGGGAAGUAUGUGAAAGAAGUGGCGAUAGAUGACUGUAGGUUUGUGGCAUUAGUGGAUACGGGUAGUGAUCUCACGUUCAUCCGAUCAGACGAGUAUGCGAGGUUAGGGUCACCACCGCUAGGUAAAUGCAAGUUUAAGUUCGACGGUUUUGGUUCCGCUGGCAAUGAGACCUGGGGUGAAUUCACUAAGGUAAUGACGGUUGAUGGGUGUAAACUGCCAAUCACUUUGCACGUUGUUUCAAACAAAAUAUUGACGAAGCACGGCCUGUUGUUAGGCACUGAUUUUCUGGAUCAGGUAGAGUUACGGGUUAAACGGGGCGAAGUGACUUUCUUGCGGCUUGACGAACAGACUAACAAAGACGUGUCGGAUGUGUUUAGAAUUAACGUAGUAGAACAGACUGACGAAACAGACCUAACACACGUACAGGAACCGCAUUAUCGUGAAGCCAUUCGGGAUAUUAUUAAAGGGUAUAGGCCGGAGAAGAAGAGAGACGUCGGGAUAACCGCGAAAAUAGUUCUGAAAAGCGACAAACCGGUAGCGCGAAGACCGCGAAGACUGGCGCCGAGGGGGAACGGGCAGCAUGUCGACCAGGUUCAGAAAUACCUGAAUUCCACCGUAAACAGAAGCACAGGGAAGACUCCUUUCCAGCUACUGGUCGGGGUCGAAAUGCAAGUCAGGGAAGAGGCGAAGAUUAGAAAGCUGAUCGACGAAGAGGGGGCCGCGAGGUUUGAAGAACAACGUCGCGAGCUACGUGAGGACGCGAAGAAGAAGAUCGCCGCAACUCAAGAGGAGAAUCGUCGAAGUUACAAGAAAAGAAGAAAGCGUGCGAAGCAGUACCGAAGGAAGGACCCGCACACACCUCGAUUUUAUGAAACCUUGGGUCCUAAACGCCGAAAGUGACGCAUCUGAUGACAGCGAGAUAGAAGGCAACAUCUGAGGGCAGAUGUUAUUGCAGGAUGGCCGAGUGUAGUAUCGUGGACGAAAGGCCUAAGAAAUAUCGGGCGAACUAUGAACAAUGUCGCGAGAGCCGAGGCGUCGUCGGGCCCAUCAAUGUGUCAUCGGUCUUUUCAAGUGCAUAUUUCGUGGAAAAGACCUACGUGACCCUGGCCACGAGCGCCUGCAGAACACGUGU